UCACGCCCAGUCCUACUCUUUUUGCCAUUCUCUUGUGUGCUUCGAGUCAGAACAAUUACCCAAAAUGACGGGCUCCUUCCAGAACUUUUAAAUUAUUACUGUUUUAUUUAUUUUUUAAGGCAGUUGUGAUAUAUAGGAUAUAAAUAUUUAGAAGGGGAGAUUAACAAUGUCUAGGUACCAUAAAGCUGCGAUUGACGGGUACUUGGAUCUACUGAAGGAGGCCACGAAAAAGGACUUGAACACACCGGACGAGGAUGGCAUGACACCCACCCUAUGGGCUGCCUUUCACGGGCACGGCGAUGCCCUUCAGCUGAUAUGCAGUCGGGGCGGAGACCCAGACAGGUGUGACAUCUGGGGAAACACACCGUUGCACCACGCUGCCAACAAUGGCCACAUGCACAUCCUCAGCUUUCUGGUCAACUUCAACGCCAACCUUUUCGCCCUGGACAACGAGUUCCACACGGCCAUGGAUGUGGCCGCGUCACGCGACCGCAUGGACUGCGUGCGCUUCCUGGACGCCUCCGCCUCCCAGCGUACCACCAAGGACCCUAGGCGAGUGGCGAACCUGAAGAAGGAGGCCACCAAAGAGGCAGAGAAACGAGUGAAGCUCUGCGAGAAGGUCAAGAAACGCCACCAGACCAAGAUGGACAAGAUGUACCAGACCAACAGCGGGUCCAUAUCCAAACACGGCACCGGGGCGCAGACAUCCACCACGGGCUCCUUGUCUAAUGAGCAGUUCUCCAAGCUCAUCAAUUCCAAGCCGUCUGGUUCACUCUCUAAAAGCGUCAUGGGAACCCUGCAGAGAUUUGGGAAGAAAGAUAAGGGGGGCACCUUACCAAAAGGGGGAGGGGACGGGAAUGUCGUCUUCGGGAACCAGGGGAACCCAGAGUUUCUGGACGUCUUCAGCGAGCAGGAAGAGAACGAGGAGGAAACGGAGGACGCCCACAGGGGCGAGGAUGACGCGGAAGGCGCCCAAAACAAACUUUCCAUCUUCAACCGACCUGGCCUCGGGGGUCUGACCUUCAUGAAAAAAUUGGGUUCGGAUGCCGACGACAUGCCCAACGAGAGCAACGAGAACCUGGGCUUCCUCGUCCAAAACGAGAUCUUCGGGGCGGGAGACGACGAUGGAGGAGCCGGCGGCUUCGACGCCGACGUUCCCUGGGAGCAGGACGAGCUGGGGCUGGACGACGAGCUUGACGAGGAGACGUCCCCUUUGGACACCUUCUUGUCGACCCUCUCCCUGCAGGAGUUCACCAUGGCGUUUAACCGGGAGAAGCUGGACCUGGAGGCACUCAUGCUCUGCUCCGACGAUGACCUCAAGGGCAUUCGCAUCCAGUUGGGCCCGAGGAAGAAGAUUCUAGAGGCGGCUGCUCGCAGAACAAGUGCACUUUCAAGUCCUGGCAAAAUGAAAGUCACCGUCCUGUGAUAGGAUCGGAACUAUUGAACUGUUGAUUAGCAAUGCUGUUUAAAUAUAAAAAACAAAUCAACCGCUGUGUUUUUCGGCAUGACCCAUGUGUCGGUAUUUUAAUAAAAUAGUGAAAGUUGGUGACACAAUUCAUUUAAUAAAACGUAUUUAACAGAUAAUUUGUCAAAUGUGUGAGGAUGUUGAUAUUGUCAGAAACCCAGGAGGGUUUAAACCGCAAUAUGAAUGUCAUGUAUUAUUAUACCUGGCAUUAAGGUUAACCACAACAUAUGGCAAAAAGCCACAUACAAGUAAAAUGAAAUAAUCGACUUGAUUGCGUGCUGAUUUAUUAUUGAAUAAAAUGUAUUUCACAGA